GACGAGGGAGAGGUCGAGGCUGAGGCCGCUGUGGGGUCCGGAUCCCCAUCCCGGCCCCCAUCCGCCGGCCCCAGGCGGGACACUCGACUACGCGGUCCGGCCAAUCUUCGCCGCAGCCCUCGCGGAAGCAGCUUCACCUCGGGACCCUCAAGCAGAACGUAUUGCAGAGAGCCUGAUUGUGAGCGAUGCAUGCUAGAGAUUGAAUUUGGCCCUGGUUUUGAGGCCGUGUGCCCUCCAAAUUCAAGAUCAGGAGUCAAUCCUGUUGGUGGAUCCAUGAAAGAAAUGUAUGAAGAAAAGCUGCAGCCCAAAAAGAUCAGGAGUUGCCCUCAAGACGCCGGAAAGAUUGACCUCCAACAGGCUGCUUAUUUAAAAAAUCUGUCCUCCGAACACCACCCUGUUUUGAAACCAUCGGCAGCCUCCAUGAUGACUGAAAGUGUACAAGAGGUUGAUCAAGCUUUGAAGAUAGCUGAACAGAAUUUUGCGCAUUUAAGGGCUGCAGAACAGGAACUGGAUCACUUGGAAUGCAAAGAGAAAAGAGAAAAAGACUACCUAGUGGAGACUGUCCAGGAGACAUUAGAUCAGCACUUUAUUGAUCUUCAGUCAAGGAAAAAAAGCCUGCAAGAAGAAAUAAAAAAUAAGGAGGACUAUAUUGCAGAUGUCAUACUGGUUAAACGAUCUAUUGAAAAGAGAAGAAAAUAUUUGUAUGCAGCUAUGGGUAAAGCAAGGACAUUUGAAUGGGCACCUUCGCGAAGAUCAUGCUCUGAUAUGAAUCCGAUUAUCCAGACUCUUAAAUCUGGAUUUGAGAGGGAAUUGUCACAGGUGAAGUCUUUGAAGUUCAGGCAUCUUGCUGGAUUUUCCAUGGAGGAAACUGGAGUCGUGGGAGGACAUAUUCCUCGGUGCAUUGAGGAGAAGGAAGUUUCCUAUUCUGACCCUUUCAUACCAGCAGAAAGUGAUGAGUUGGACCCAACUGAGUUAGGUGAAGGAAUUCCUCUGCAGCCUGAAACCGAUGAUGGGAAUUCAGAAAAAAUGAUGAACAUCCAACCCCGAGACUUGACCUUCAGAUCUCUGCUCUCCAAAAUGACUACUUUACCUGAAGCAUCAUGGGAUCCUGAUGUAAUCGUCGAAGAAAUAAUUGACAGUGACCAGGAAAUUAACAGGGAGCUCUAGCCCACCCGCUCAAGAACUAGUGAUUGUAAGCCAUGUUGUACAUCCCUGCCACUUCUAUGUUCGGAAGUACUCACUAAGGAAAAUCGCAGCAAAAAUGGAAAAGAACCUGAAUCGCUUUUGCAGCAUGAACCAAUACCCCAGUCCUUCUGAAGUCUUGGAACUAGGUGCAAGAGUAUUUGUUAACAGUAAGGAAAACGGAGUGUGGUGCCGGGCGACUGUCACCGGGCUGAUUCCACUGGAGGGUAAACAUGUGGAGCAAUCCCAUGGUCCAAAGAAGUACUCCAUCGGUGAAAUUGCAGUGCUGCAAGUUUACAUGAUUGAUUUUGGGAAUACUGAAGUCUUCAUUAUCCCAGGGGCUAGUGAUGACCCCUUUAUCCCUAAGCAUCUGACUCUGAGCUAUGCAGUGGUGGAUGCCCUUUGCCUGGUGAUAAGAAAGCCUGAUAAUUGCAAGAAGCAGCUGAGAGUUCGAAAUCCUUUGGCGCUGAGGUGCACCCUGAAGGACCUGGUUCCACCAUAUCCAGUAAGUAAGAGAUGAGUGAGCGUUUCUUAGAGUUGCUGAUUGCGGGGGUGGGACAGGUACCAGGGAAACACCUGUGAGGCUGCAGAAUGAUGCAGAGAGAACUCCUCUGCGUCCAGAGUUGAGGAAGAUUUGAGCAGAGAGAGGCUAAUAACCCUCCCAUUCAUUCAUUUAUUUCCAUCUGGGGGAAUGAGAAGGCUGGGGCAUUUUUCUCAUCUUCCAGCACUCGUUCAUCCAGAGGCAGCCUCCUCGUUCUGGAGCCGGAGGAGCUCUCUCAAGCGACUUGAAACAAGAUCCAUCUCUGGGCUUUCCACUUUGUA